AUGAGGGCAGAUAUAUCCCAAGAUGUUGACCGGUGUUUGCAAGAAAACCUUUUCUUUCGCGAGCCCGCAACCAAGAUGAAGAUGAUUGACAUAUUGUUUAUCUAUUCAAAGCUCAACCCCGACUUGGGCUAUCGCCAGGGCAUGCACGAGUUAUUAGCGCCCAUUCUAUGGGUAGUCGACAGGGAUGCUAUUGAGCUAAACGUUCAUAAGGACUUCAGACCCACAGAAGAAGAUGAUGAGAUGAUGGUACAUCUUCUCGACCCCGUCUACGUCGAACAUGACGCCUUUAAUUUGUUCUGCUCGGUUAUGCAGAAUACUAGAGUAUAUUAUGAGCACAAUAGGCACCGUUCAGCGAACGGGCAGACGGACGCUAUACCGAUUGUUCUCCAAUGCGAACACAUUCACAACGACCUUUUGGCGGCUACAGAUUUGCAGUUAGCCAAUCAUCUCCAAGCGCUUGACAUCUUACCGCAAAUAUUCUUGACAUAUCCUCGUAAUAUGGGAUCUUCUCUUUGCAGAGGGGCUUCGGUUAGAGCUGAUUGA